AAGUAGAUGGCAUACACGGCAGUCAACGAACCCAAACAGCGACUUUUAAAUUGAGCAAUAUUCUACAUUUAAUUUUCAUGAUAUUAAAAUUGUUCUGAAUAUGGRUCUUAAAAAUAAAAAUGUGAUAUAUUCGGGUGGAUUUGGUGGCAUCGGCCUAGCAGGCGUCAGAGAGUUCCUAAAAAGUGGUGCAAAGUACGUAACAAUACUUGAUCUCAAUGAGAAUAAGGAAGCAAUGCUUGAGUUAAAAAAAUCUCACCCUGGUGCCAAAAUUGAUUAUAUACCUGUAGAUUUAACGAAAAAAGAGAGCAUCACAGCAGCCUUUAAAUCAGCUGUGGAGAAAAUGGRUYACUUUGACGUUCUGGUCAACGGUUGYGGUAUAUGUAUGGAUAGUGAAGUUGACCUAACAAUCCAAAUUAACUUGUUGGGGUUAAUCCAUAGCACCUUAAUUGCACUGCCUUACAUGGAUAAAUCCAGUGGUGGACGUGGUGGCACUAUAUUGAAUGUAUCAUCCAACAGUGGCUUGGAUGCAACUCCUUUAUUUGCAAUUUAUUCGGCAUCCAAACAUGGUGUUACAGCUUUUACGCGCUGCAUGGGGGAUCAAAUUUAUUUMGACCGCUUCGGAGUUAGGGUCCUAGCUAUAUGUCCUGGACUUACCAAAACUGACCUUAUAAAGGAUAUUCAUUCAAAUACUACCUUUAARUUUUGUCAAGAAAAAGCUAAACGAUAUCCCCAAGACCACAUUCAGUCAGCAGAGGAGUGUGGGAAGAAUAUGAUUAAAGUAAUUGAAACUGGUAAAAACGGUGGUGUCUAUUUGCUAGAUUUAGGCAAGGUUGAGGAAAUUCCAUAUAAAAGGCAGUGGGUAGUUACUUAUGAGACACACUAAGAGCUUGUAAACAAAAAAAUAAUAAAAAAAAUUAAAAUAAAAUAAUUUUAAAUGAUAUAA